CAUCUUCCUCCCACUCCAGCAGUCGUUCUGUCUUCUUCUUCUUCUUCAUUCUCUUUCUCUCUCCGGCCAUGAAAAUUGGGGCUUAGGGUUUGAUCAAAUUCUAGAUUCUUUCCAACAAUGGCUACUUGCUCUCUACCUAUUCCGGAACUCACCUUUCUCUCACCGCAAACCACUCCCAAACGCCGCCUUUCUGUUUCAAGAGUUUCUCUUUCUAAAAUCUCUCUCUCCGGCUACCCGAGGUGUGGUAUUCAGUCCCGAAUCAGAGCGAUUAAAGAGGACGGCCUUGUAGUUGAAGAAAGGGAAGCCGAAUUGAUCAAGAAAGUGAAUGGCGUGGAGUUGAGUGGAAAUGGAGCUGGUGUUAGUACUAGUGGUAGCAGUUACGGGAGCAAUGGCUCAGUGAAGAAGUACUCGAAUGGCAGUGUGAAUGGGGUGAGUAAUGGGAGCUUGGUGAAGUUCGUGAAUGGCAAUGGCGUGGCAGCGGAAGUGGUGGAAGAAGUUGAAGUUUUGGAGUCGAAGGAGGAAGGAAGGAAGAAGAAUAUUGAAGAAAUUGGAAAGGAAGAUGCGUGGUUUAAGCGAACAGGGCAACCAAAAGUCGAGGUUUCUGUUGCACCUGGUGGCCGUUGGAGUAGAUUCAAAACUUACUCGACAAUUCAGAGGACCUUGGAAAUAUGGGGAUUUGUUCUAACAUUCCUCAUAAAGGCUUGGUUGAACAAUAGAAAAUUCACUUACAAAGGGGGAAUGACAGAGGAAAAGAAAACCUUGAGGCGUAAGGCCCUUGCCAAGUGGUUGAAGGACAACAUUUUGAGAUUAGGUCCAACAUUCAUCAAAAUUGGCCAGCAGUUCUCCACAAGAGUGGACAUUCUUGCUCAAGAAUAUGUUGAUCAGUUGUCAGAACUUCAGGAUCAAGUUCCUCCUUUCCCAUCAGAUACAGCUAUUUCUAUUGUUGAAGAAGAACUUGGUGCUCCUUUGAAAGAUAUAUUUGAUCGGUUUGACUAUGAACCAAUAGCCGCUGCUAGUCUUGGUCAGGUCCACCGUGCAAGAUUGAAGGGACAGGAAGUUGUUGUUAAAGUACAGAGGCCUGGACUGAAGGAUCUUUUCAAUAUUGAUCUUAAGAACCUGAGGGUAAUUGCAGAAUAUCUUCAAAAAAUUGACCCAAAGUCUGAUGGUGCGAAGAGGGAUUGGGUUGCUAUCUAUGAUGAGUGCGCAAAUGUCUUAUAUGAGGAGAUUGAUUAUACCAAGGAAGCUGCUAACUCUGAACUAUUUGCAAGUAACUUCAGAAACAUGGAUUAUGUUAAAGUCCCAACAAUAGUAUGGGAAUACACUACACCACAGGUUCUGACAAUGGAGUACGUCCCAGGGAUCAAAAUUAACAAGAUAAAAGCUAUAGAUCAAUUGGGCAUUGAUCGGCAAAGGUUGGGUCGAUAUGCUGUUGAAUCAUACUUAGAGCAAAUUCUGUCUCAUGGAUUUUUUCAUGCCGAUCCUCAUCCUGGAAAUAUUGCCGUGGAUGAUGUCAAUGGUGGAAGAUUGAUUUUUUAUGAUUUUGGAAUGAUGGGAAGUAUCAGUCCAAACAUUAGAGAAGGUUUGCUGGAAACAUUUUAUGGAGUUUAUGAGAAGGAUCCAGAUAAGGUCCUUCAGGCAAUGAUUCAGAUGGGUGUUCUUGUGCCUACUGGAGAUAUGACAGCUGUGAGACGAACAGCACUAUUCUUUCUUAACAGUUAUGGUGAGCGUCUUGCUGCACAGAGAAAAGAGAAAGAAAUGGCAACAGCGGAACUUGGGUUUAAAAAGCCCUUGAGCAAGGAGGAAAGGAUAGAGAAAAAGAAGGAAAGGCUUGCUGCAAUUGGGGAAGAUUUAUUAGCAAUUGCAGCAGACCAACCCUUCAGAUUUCCUGCAACAUUCACAUUUGUUGUUAGAGCAUUUUCAGUAUUGGAUGGGAUUGGAAAGGGUCUUGAUCCUCGAUUUGAUAUUACUGAGAUUGCCAAGCCCUACGCACUGGAAUUGCUAAAAUUUCGUGAAGCUGGAGUUGAAGUCAUUCUAAAGGACCUCCGAAAUAGAUGGGACAGGCAGUCUCGUGCAUUCUAUAACUUAUUUAGACAGGCUGACAGAGUUGAAAAGCUUGCUGAAAUUAUUCAAAGAUUGGAGCAAGGCGAUCUGAAACUUAGAGUUCGGACUUUGGAAUCUGAGAGGGCAUUCCAGCGGGUUGCAACAGUUCAGAAGACUGUAGGAAAUGCAGUUGCUGCUGGAAGCCUAAUAAAUCUUGCAACGAUCUUGUAUAUUAAUUCCAUUCGAUUUCCUGCCAUUGUAGCAUAUGUCUUCUGUGCAUUUUUCGGCCUUCAGGUUCUCAUAGGCAUCAUAAAGGUAAAGAAGUUUGAUGAGCGGGAGAGGUUGAUAACGGGAACUGCUUAAACAAUUGUGAUCCAGCUCACGGUUUACAAGUCAACCUUCUGAUCCUCGAAGAGAAUUAGGAUCUUGGGAUUACUGUAACACGGUACUUCUACCAACAAUAUGAUUCUGAACUUCCAGCUCGCAGGUUUGUGAUGCAUGUUUAGAUCCCGAACACGGGCUGUUCAUCCGAAGUUUAAUAAGUGUUGGUUUUAUCCCUUUGUUAGGUUAGGUUGGCUAUUGCCAUUUUGUUGCCAUUGUCCCAAAUUCAUGUCUCCAAAUGAAGAUAUGUCGUCAUUUUUCAGGUUGAUGACUGUAUAGGGCAGCUUGUAGCCCAAAUGUAGAGUUCUUUGUAACAAUCUUGUAGCUAAGAGCCUGACAAUGGCAGUCUGGUCUCCCAUCAAAAUUUGACGCGGUCGAAUGUGCAUAUUUGUUGUAUAAUGUUGUAUCAUGUAGAGUUUUUGUUUUCUUUUUCUAUA